CCAUGACGAUCUUGAACCAAAAGUCCCAAGGUAUAAAUAGGGCUCGUAGAAGCGGACAAUCCUCAUCCAUCAAUUCAACAGUUCAUCAUCAUUUGAACAAUUGUGAAUACAAAAACAUCCACAACACAACAACACAAAAUCAUCAUGUCGCUUCGUCCUUUCUUCAGUUUCCCUUCUGCAUUUGACGAUGUCUUUAGUGACUAUUUGAGCUACUCGCCCAAGAUCCAAAACCGUAACAACGAGGCCGGCACUCUUUCUCCUGCCUUGGAUGUCCACGAGGGUAAGGACACCGUCGCCAUCGAUGUCGAGCUCCCUGGUGUCUCAAAGGACAAUGUCCAAGUUCACUACGACAACGGCAAGUUGACCGUCUCUGGUGAGGUUGUCAAUGAGCGCAAGUCUGAAGAGGAAGGCCACCGCUGGUCCGAGCGUCGUUUCGGCAGCUUCUCUCGUACCAUCACUGUUCCUGCCAAGGUUGAUCCCGAGAGAAUCGAGGCCUCCUUCAGCAACGGUCUUCUUAGCAUCGUCCUCCCUAAGGUUGACAAGACGGCCACCACUAAGAAGAUUGACAUCAAGUAAGCGACCAAACUUGGCGCAGGUGGACGUUGCAAUCCAGUGUGGUUCGAAGACAGUGGUAAGCACGGUUCUUUAGACUGGAGUGAAUCCGUCUGCUGCCUGUGACAGCUUGAUGAAGUGAAUCAGUAACGAGUCAAUGAAUGUGAUAAAUAAAAAAAGCGAAGCAGGAGGACGCGAGGGUAUUGUUGAAUGAGGGAGAGAGAGAUAAGAGAAGAA